AUGAGGGUCCACGAGAAGUACUCGUCCAUCCCGGCCGAGGACCGCAGCGUCCACAUCGUCAACAUCUGCGCCAUCGAGGAGGCCGGCUACCUGCCGUCCGAGGGCACGCUGCUGAACUCGCUGUCCGUGGACCCUGACGCCAACUGCAAGUACGGCCUGUACUUCCGCGAUGGCAAGCGCAAGGUGGACUACGUCCUGGUGUACCAUCACAAGCGCGGCUCGGGCAGCAAGACGCUGGCCCGGAGGGUCCUGCAGAACGACGCCGCGGUGGGCGGCCGCCAGGGCCAGCCCCUGCCCGGGAAGGGCAGCCCGGGGGGCAAGCGCGAGCUGGAGAGCCCCAUGGACUUCUACGAGGACGACAAGAGGUUCCGCAGGGAGGAGUACGAGGGGAACCUCCUGGAGGCGGGGCUGGAGCUGGAGCACGACGAGGAGACCAAAAUCCACGGCGUCGGGUUUGUGAAGAUCCACGCGCCCUGGAACGUGCUGUGCCGGGAGGCGGAGUUUCUGAAACUGAAGAUGCCGACGAAGAAGCUGUAUCACAUCGGCGAGAAGCGAGGCUUCCUGAAGAAGAUCAGCUCGGUGCUCCAGAAGAUCACGGACCCCAUCCAGCCCCGAGUGGUGGAGCGCCGACCCCAGACCAUGAAGCGACUCUCCUACCCCUUCUCCAGGGAGAAGCAGCACCUAUUUGACCUGUCUGACAAGGACUCCUUUUUCGAUAGCAAAACCCGGAGCACAAUAGUCUAUGAGAUUCUGAAAAGAACAACGUGUACCAAAGCCAAGUACAGCAUGGGCAUCACCAGCCUGCUGGCCAAUGGCGUUUACUCGGCUGCCUACCCUCUGCACGAUGGCGACUAUGAAGGUGAGGACGUGGAGUUCAACGACAGAAAACUCCUGUACGAAGAGUGGGCCAGCUACCGGGUCUUCUAUAAGUACCAGCCCAUCGACCUGAUCAGGAAGUACUUUGGGGAGAAGAUCGGCCUGUACUUCGCCUGGCUGGGCGUGUACACCCAGAUGCUCAUCCCCGCCUCCGUGGUCGGGGCCAUCGUUUUCCUCUAUGGAUGCGCCACCGUCAAUGAAAACAUCCCCAGCAAAGAGAUGUGCGACCAGAGCCACAACAUCACCAUGUGCCCGCUGUGCGACAAGACCUGCAGCUACUGGAAGAUGAGCUCGGCCUGCGCCACGGCCCGGGCCAGCCACCUCUUCGACAACCCGGCCACCGUCUUCUUCUCCGUCUUCAUGGCUCUCUGGGCCGCCACCUUCAUGGAGCACUGGAAGCGGAAGCAGAUGAGGCUCAACUACCGCUGGGACCUCACAGGCUUUGAGGAGGAGGAGGAGGCCGUCAAGGACCAUCCCAGAGCAGAGUACGAAGCUCGGGUUUUGGAGAAGUCACUCAGGAAAGAAGCCAAGAACAAAGAGACUGACAAGGUGAAGCUGACCUGGAGAGACCGGUUCCCUGCCUACUUCACCAACCUGAUGUCCAUCGUCUUCAUGAUCGCGGUGACCUUCGCCAUCGUCCUCGGCGUCAUCAUCUACAGAAUCUCCACCGCCGCCGCCUUAGCCAUGAACUCCUCCCCCGCCGUGCGCUCCAACAUCCGGGUCACGGUCACGGCCACCGCGGUCAUCAUCAACCUGGUGGUCAUCAUCCUGCUGGACGAGGUCUACGGCUGCGUGGCCCGGUGGCUCACCAAGAUCGAGGUGCCCAAGACGGAGAAGAGCUUCGAGGAGAGGCUGAUCUUCAAGGCGUUCCUGCUGAAGUUCGUCAACUCCUACACCCCCAUCUUUUACGUGGCUUUCUUCAAGGGCCGGUUUGUGGGGCGCCCCGGCGACUACGUGUACAUCUUCCAGUCCUUCCGCAUGGAAGAGUGCGCCCCGGGCGGCUGCCUGAUGGAGCUGUGCAUCCAGCUCAGCAUCAUCAUGCUGGGCAAGCAGCUCAUCCAGAACAACCUGUUCGAGAUCGGCAUCCCGAAGAUGAAGAAGUUUAUCCGUUACCUGCGGCUGAAGCGCCAGAGCCCCGCCGACCACGACGAGCACAUGAAGAGGAAGCAGCGCUACGAGGCGGACUUCACGCUGGAGCCGUUCGGGGGCCUCACCCCCGAGUACAUGGAGAUGAUCAUCCAGUUUGGCUUCGUCACCUUGUUCGUGGCCUCCUUCCCCCUCGCCCCGCUGUUCGCGCUGCUGAACAACAUCAUCGAGAUCCGCCUGGAUGCCAAGAAGUUCGUCACCGAGCUGCGCCGGCCGGUGGCCGUCCGGGCCAAAGACAUCGGAAUCUGGUACAACAUCCUCCGAGGCAUCGGGAAGCUUGCCGUCAUCAUCAACGCCUUCGUCAUCUCCUUCACGUCUGACUUCAUCCCCCGCCUGGUGUACCUGUACAUGUACAGCCCGAACGGGACCAUGCACGGCUUCGUCAACCACACGCUCUCCUCCUUCAACGUCAGCGACUUCCAGGAGGGCACGGCCCCCAACGACCCCCUGGACCUGGGCUACGAGGUGCAGAUCUGCAGGUACAAAGACUACCGGGAGCCCCCGUGGUCGGAGAACAAGUACGACAUCUCCAAGGACUUCUGGGCCGUCCUGGCGGCGCGGCUGGCCUUCGUCAUCGUCUUCCAGAACCUGGUCAUGUUCAUGAGCGACUUCGUGGACUGGGUCAUCCCGGACAUCCCCAAGGACAUCAGCCAGCAGAUCCACAAGGAGAAGGUGCUGAUGGUGGAGCUGUUCAUGAGGGAGGAGCAGGGCAAGCAGCAGCUGCUGGACACGUGGAUGGAGCGGGGCCCCAAGAAGGACGAGGCCUGCAGCAACCACAGCCCCCAGGACGGCCCCGACGGAGGCCCCAAUAG